GAUUCCGAAAGAUGCUCCGCCUUCCUUCCUGCAGACCGCUUCCAAGCACUGGUUACAUCGCUGAGACCCUGCAUCUCCCACAGAAGAGUGAGGGCCAGGGACGUUCAGAUCGCCCUGGGUCACAUGGCAUCAACGACCUUCGUGACGCCGUGGUCGAGACUUCGCCUACGCCCGCUCCAGGCUUGGUUUCUGUCGGUCUUCUCUCCGAUGGAGGAUUCCCCGUCCAAAUGGUUGACGGUACCGAGGCCGGUAGCCGCCUCCCUGAACUGGUGGCUGGACGAGCACAACGUGCGCGCGGGGAUGCCCUUUCAUCAACCGCAACCGCAGGUGACGUUGACAACCGAUGCUUCCCUAGAGGGCUGGGGCGCCCAUCUCCUCGACCUAGUCGUCAAGGACAAAUGGUCAGACUCGGACAGUCUCCUCCACAUCAAUGCCCUCGAGAUGCUCGCGGUCGAGAAGGCUCUGAGAGCUUUCGAAUCCGCCGUGACAGGCAGGGUGGUGCUCUUGAGGACGGACAACACCACCGUGAUGUAUUACAUCAACAAACAGGGUGGCACCAAGUCAAGGACCCUCCUCGAGAUUACCCUGCGCAUCUGGGACUGGUGCAUACAGAGACAGGUCCUCCUUCAAGCGAUCCAUCUGCCGGGAGAGGACAACGACUUGGCAGACCGCCUCAGCAGAUCGCCCUCGGUAUGCCACGAAUGGAGGCUUCAUCCGGAAGCGGUCAGCGUCUUGUUCGACAGGGUGGUCUCCAAGAUGAUGCUAGACCAUACGGACGCGAUCCUGAUCACGCCAUGGUGGCCGAGACAGCCUUGGUUCGCAUCCCUUCUGCAUCUCUCCAGAAGGUGCUUCGUUCGCCUCGAGCCUCGCCCGGACCUGCUGUCGAUCCAGGACGGACGAAUUCUCCACCCCGACAUCGAGAGCCUGCCGCUGGUAGCCUGGAGGAUUCAGCCCUGA